AUGAAUGACUGUAUGGUUUUGUCCAUCGAAGCACUUCCCAACGAAGUAUGGCUUAAAAUAUUUUCUUACAUUCAUAUUGGCGAUAUUACUCGUGCUUUUCUUCGACUUAAUAAUCGUCUGACUAAUCUCAUCUAUUCAUUGCCUACGACUAUUCAUCACCAUGAAAUGGGCGUGUCUUACUAUGACUAUCGCACUCCUGUAACUCACAUCAGUGUUCGUGAUGGUCGUUCAUUUUCUUAUCAUGUCAAUGCUCAACAUCUCAUUUGGGUUUCUCUCGAUCGACCAUCUCCAAAACAAUUACAAUUUCUUCAAUCAACAUAUUUACCACGUCUCAAACAUUUGCAUUUCAAUGGAAUUGGUACUAUUAACCAUGAUGUGGCUCAAUUUUAUUACACUAUCUUCAAGUCAACUCGUACCAAUACUCCAUCACUUAUUUCAUGUUCAUUACCUUCGAUUUCUUCACUCAAUUGGAAUUAUUUCAUCGGAAGAGGAUCAGCAAUAAAUCAUACACUUCGUUCGUUAACACUUAUUGACGAUUAUCAUCUUCAGUCAUACAAACUCUUUCGUUCUGUGCCAAAUUUAACUCAUCUGACUAUCAAACGAGAUGUAGCUCAGAACGAAUCAUUCAUUGAUAUUACUCGACAAUUUGGCAUGCGUCGUAAACAUGUCUUAAUACAUCCAGAGGAUGGCAGAAUGAAGAAAGUGAAAUGUUGGCUCAUUCCAAAAAUGUUUACGAACUGGUUACCUCAUCUUCGUCGAUUGAAAUUUGAAUACGAACUGGAUCCUGAUAUGUGGAGCUUUCGAACUAUAAUUGUUGUUCGAAUAAGCUGGAUACGAAAUUCUUCUUAUUUAGCCAAAAUCUAUCGUCUUGUUUGA